AAAUCCAUCAUGAUGACUUCAAUUUCCAACGAAGAGGUCCGAGCUACAAUUGAUGUUGCCCUUGAGAAGGCCAACAAGGAGCUCCGUGAGCUCAACACCUACAUCUGGUCAAACCCAGAACUAGCCUACGAGGAGCACAAGGCUCACGAUGCGAUCUGUGAUUUCCUCGAGAAGCGGGGAUAUACUGUUACCCGACACGCCUAUGGUGUGGACACCUCCUUUGAAUGCAUCAGUGGAACCGAGGGACGGCUAAUUAACUUCAACGCCGAAUACGAUGCCUUGCCCGAUAUCGGCCAUGCCUGUGGCCACAACCUCAUUGCUACUAGCAGUAUUGCAGCCUUCCUGGCAUUGAGCGAAUUGCAGAAGAAAUAUGGAAUGAAGGGCAGAAUCCAGCUCCUCGGUACCCCCGCUGAGGAGAAUGGUGGUGGCAAGGCCAAGCUUAUCGAUGCUGGAGCUUACAAGGGUGUUGAUAUUUCUCUGAUGUCUCACGGUGGUCCAAGGAAUCUGAUUGGCAAGCCUUGUGAUGGUGUAGCAGGAAUUCUUAUGAAUGCCCGUAAGGAACUCUAUGUUGAGUACUUUGGCAAGAACGCUCAUGCGGGAGGUAAUCCCUGGGAUGGUGUCAACGCCCUCGAUGCGUUGGUCCAGUGCUAUAACAGCAUCUCCACCUUGAGACAGCAGAUUCUGCCCGACCAGCGUAUUCACGGUGCCUUCCUUGAUGUGCCGAAGGUUGCCAAUGUUAUUCCAGCCUACACCAAGUCUUACUGGCAAAUUAGAAGUCCUACCCUUUCUGGAUUAAACGAUCUGAUUACUCGUGUGCGCCGCUGUGUUGAGGGAGCAGCCACAUCAACUGGUUGCACCGUUGAGAUUAAAGAAGAGGGUCUUUACACUGAUAUCGUCUUGAAUGACACAUUAUGCGAUCGAUUUGCUGGUCAUAUGAAGAGUUACGAAAGGAGUGUUGUGCCGCAGCAUGACAAGGUUCUUACAGGCUCUUCAGACGUCGGGAAUGUGAGCUACGUUGCGCCGACUCUUCACUCAAUGUUCUCAAUUCUAGCUCCCGAGGGCUCUUUUCCACAUCACCCAACUUUUACUGCAGCAGCAGGAACAGAUGAAGCUCAUCAUGAGGCUAUUCUGACCGGAAAGGGAUUGGCUCUGACAGGUUGGGACAUGAUGACGGAUGACAGCCUUUACCAAGUGACCAAGGCUCAGUGGGAGGGACAGGUUCCUGCUAACUAA